ACUGGAUAUGUCGCAGGAGAGGUGAAUGCAAGGCGAAAAUGACAACAGAUCCAGAUGCCAGUCGAAUCAUUGCCCUUCAAGCUGCCACACGCACGCGGGAGACCCAACGGAACUCAACCUGCUCAGGACGCGUCAUCGGAUAAAAGAAAAAGCAGGUUUGUGCCGAAACGUUUCUGCAUUUAGUAUAAAAAAAUUAGGUUUCUUAACAAUUUUUUUUUCGUCACAGUGGGGAGCCACGAAACUCCAGACCAAAUUCUUUUAGACGCUGCAUCUGCCGUCAGUGACGACACCGCUUCUCAGAUGCCUGCCCCGUCGUCCCUGCGGCGAGUCUUACGGAAGCAAAGGCAGCUCGCGACAUUCAGCUACAGUAUUCCGUCCACCAGAUGAGACAUCAGAGUCCCCGUGGAGUUCAAGGUGACAAGCAAAGGCGAGUCCUUUCUCCUGCAUGAUAGUGGAGAUGGCGACUCUGCAAGAAUCCUCAUCUUCGCAACCGAGAUGAACUUGCACCACUUGGCUCAGUCUACCGUGUUGCUAGUAGACGGGACCUUCAAGGUGACGCCACCUCUAUUCUGCCAGCUUUAUACAGUGCACGCUGUACUUCAUAGAGUGGUAAUGCCAAUGACAUACGGUCUGCUACCUAGCAAGUCAGAAGACACUUACAGAAGGUAAUUACUCGUAUUUUUGCAGCAUCACCAGUGGUUUCGUUUCUCCUACAGCAGUUUUCCUGUCUAGAGUGAGUAAAUGGUUGCGGUAGGAAAUAAUUACUUAAAAUAAUUUUGUGACGGAAACUUUUUUUUUAUACUUUUGCUAAGUUUUUUGCUGCUCUUCUCAACGCCAUGGGUCGCCACAGCAUUAAAGUCGUGUACUCGGACUUUGAGAUCGCGGCUAUGAAUGCCGUCCAAGAUCUUAUACCUAGCGCCAGGAUUCAAGGGUGUCUUUUCCAUCUGAGCCAGUCGGUGUACCGGAGGGUCUGCGCUUCCGGCCUGCAGAGUACAUACAACACACAAGAGGACUUUGCAGUGCUGAUGAGGAUGUUCCCAUCGCUGGCAUUUCUCCCGACCGCUGAAAUCCCAGAAGCCUUUCAAGAUUUAUUGGAGUCUUUCCGCCGGAGGUGUGGUCCGUCAGAGAGUCGACUUUGGAGGACAUGCCAAGAACGAAUAACAGCGUCGAGGCGUGGCACAGAGGUUUCCAGAGAAACGUGGGCUGUACAGCGCCAAACCUCUGGUUCUUCUUGGACUGCCUGAAGAAGGAGCAGUGUCUGACCGAGAUGAAGAUUGCCCAGGCUCAAGGCGGGACGACAUUAACAAGAGUCUCAAAAAAGCACGCGGACUGUAACAAGCGCAUCAGAUUUAUCGUCGAAAACUACAGCAGCACCCGCCGCAUGGAAUGCCUGAGGGCGCUUGCGCAAA